ACUUCAAGAUGGCUGUGGCGAACACCUUUGGAGAUUUCGGCGGCGAUGAGCAGCAGGAUGCACACGAAUUUUUAAGUGUGCUGCUCUCGCAGCUGAAAGAAGAGUGGGAGUCCCUGAAGAGGAGAGGUGCCCUGGAUGCCCAUGCCUGCCCUGUGGAAUCAAAUUUUGAUUUCCGCUUGCAGGUUACAAGAACCUGCUGCAGGUGUGGGGCACAGGUGUUCAGGACAGAGGUCUAUAGCCACCUCUCCCUGGACAUAGUGCCCCAGGGCACACUUCAGGACAGCCUGAGACAAUAUUUCAAGCCGACACAGGUUGAGUGUCGGUGUGAAAGAUGUCCUGGGCAGCAGGCCUCUGUUACUAUGAAGCUCGCGUCCCUCCCUCGCGUACUGGUGAUACAGCUGAAGCGUUUCAGCAUGGACAGCAGCUGGAACUUGAGAAAGCUGGACAACAAAGUGAAGAUCUCCCAGGAGCUUGCGCUUAACCUGCACUGUGUGCAGAAUAUCAAGCCUCCACAUGAGGCUGACAGAACAGCAGGCGACAACAUCGGACCUCUAGAUGGCCUUAGCGAGGAGGAGCAGAUAAAGCUGGCCAUUGAGCUCAGCUUGAAGGGCUCCGCCCCUCCUCCAGGGUCAUCGUUACACCAUCAAGAGCAUCCUGUCCCACCUUGGCCAGAGCACGACCUGUGGUCAUUACGUCAGUGACAGCGCGGACGGAGACAGCUGGCUGACGUUCGAUGACCGCACGGUCAGGAGGUCCUCCCGGGAGAACGUGCUUCAGCUGAGGGAGAAGAGCGCGUACCUGCUCUUCUACGUCUACAGCCGCACUGCUGAUCAGAGGUGCUGACGAGCGAGGGAGAAGAGGCCAAGCAGGGAUUCCACAGAGACACAGAGAGUGAUGGAUCUGCCAGGGAGACACCCCAG